CGCGCCCUCCUCCCAGAACGAGCACCGCCCAUAACCCGCCCGUACUAGCUCCAUUCUUCUAAUGCGCCCGCAACCCUAAUACCUACACGUCUUCCUUCGUUCUGCUUUCCCGUCCCCACGAAGCCGGCCGAAUGCCUUACACACCGCCCUCGCAGCGCUCGCCAGCUUCGUCCAAGCCGACCAGCCCUGCCCUCAGCCGGAACCAUUCCUACGUCGACACGCAGGCCGCCCAGUCGCCCAGGACCUCACAACGGCCAGCCCUGCCGCGCUCCGUAUCGUCGACGUCGUACCUGCACAAGCACCGUCGCUCGCCGUCGUUUCCCACCGCCACAUCGCACAGCAAUGGAACCCCGGUCGACGGCAGUAUGGUAGAGUCGCCGACAGACCUCCACCGCAGCCGCGCCGCCUCCAAGACUAAUGGUGCCAUCACCACUCCCCCUGACUCGUCGGACGAUGAGGACCGGGGCCGUAGCGUGGGCGACCUGAAGGACUUGGAGGAGGCCCUGCAGCACAUCAAUGUCAAGAGGAUCUCGUCUCCGGAGCGGACCGGAGUCACUGCUACGCCGUCAAACACACCUCAGCUCAUGACUGCAGCACGGUCGCUCACUGCCGAGGCACGCAAGAUUGCCCACUCGCGCUCGUCUAGCGAAAUCAUGCUCUCCAAGCACAACGUCGAGCCCCUCGACACCUGCCCAGCCAUCAUCACAUCUUCGGACGAUAGCGACGCUGAAGAUGAUGGGCUAAGGAUGAAGCCGCCGCUACUGCGCAAGAAGUCUGGUGAGCUCGUCAAGCCUGCCCUUCGGCCUGCAUCGCGACGCAGGCCAUCCAGCAUGCCUGGCACCCCCACAUACUCCAAAGCCGUACACUUCAACGAGGAGAUUGAGCAGGUACGGCACUUCCUCUCGGUCGACCGACCGAUUGCUGUCAGUGCUGGCUCAUCGCCCGUCGAGUCUGCCUACGAGAGCGAGAACGAGUACCCCUUCGAGGAUGACUCCCGGCCUAAGACACCGGAGUGGGAAAUCAAACUGGCUAAUUGGCCAGCGUCCGACUCCUACGAGCGACAGACGGCACCUGUACGGGUCGAACGCAUUGCUCUCGCAUCAGACAAUCAGACACUGGUUGGCAACAUCGCGUGUGCCAAUGUCGCCUUCCAUAAGUUCGUCGUGACUCGCUUUACACUCGACUACUGGAAGACAACGUCUGAAGUCGUCGCCGAGUUUAACCAUGAUGUUCGUAAGAAGCAGGCAGAUGAUGGUUAUGACCGCUUCAACUUCAACAUUAAGCUUGCUGAUCAAGCCAAUCUCGAAUCCAAGACCUUGUUGUUGUGUGUUCGUUACCAGGCCAAUGGACAGGAAUUCUGGGACAACAACAACUCCAUGAACUACCAAGUUGACUUUGCCAAGAAGGUCAAGCAGCAGCAGCAACCGAAGCCAAGGCGUAACAAUAGUGGCGGUCUUGGGGCAAUACCUCGUAGCAGGCAUUCCCCUCUGUCGUCCCGCCCACGCUCGACUGCCGCACUUGACGACGACUUUGGGCAUGACCUGGAGAACAAGUUCCAGUUCGGUAGCUCUGGCCGCAUCACUGGCGACGUACCCAGUUCAGCUAUCCGACUCAAGCCGAAGAGCAAGCAGCGUGCUCAGAUCUAUCCUGAUCAGGCUGGUCGACGAUCCCAAGGCCAAGCCUUUUCAUCUCGUUAUGACUUUGGAGCCUCCCUCUCCGCUGCUUUGACCACUGCCCAGAGUGCUCUGGGUGAUCGUAGUGGCCUCAAGGUUGAUACUGGCAACAAAGGUUACUUUGAUCGGCCAACCUCUCUUCCCAGGUCGCACACGACCGGCCCGCCUGUUCCUGGAACUAGACCUCAAGCGCUAUCGACUGACAGCAAGCCUGAUCUUCAAUCUGCGGAGUACAAUGAGUUGAUCCAGAAGUUUUGUUUUUUCGGCACACCCACCGGUAAAGGCUCACCUAAGGCAACAACGCCCCUGGUCCAGAACGCUCACAGUGACGGUGCGGCUGAGUACAUCAACAGUGCUGAGUCGUCUGCCACAAACAGCCCGCCCUCGCCAGCCAUGCCUGUCAUGGUGGAUGGUGCGAAUGACAACAAACCUUCUCGAACACCCUCACCUUUUUUAAACCGCUCUACAUCCCCCGGCCCUGUUACAGGAUCCGGACCUGAAGACAUCCUUGCCUCUCAGUAUCAAUAUGGGUACAACAUGCACGGUGGCAUCUUCCCUGAGCGAAGCCACACACCUCAAGCAUGUGUUUGAGCUUUGACUCACAUCUUUACAGGCUAUGAGGGAUCACCCUUGAGGCCUCACGAAUCUUCUUCAAAAACGAAGACACGCUUACGAUCCGAAUGAUACCGACGAGUGGAGCGGAAGUUGCUUGUCCACGAGCAACCGAGCGCUCACGAGUCUUGUUCUUUCCGGUACGAGUUGUUGUUGUGAGACUGGCUAUUGUUCUUCUCUCG